UGUAACAUAUUUGCAUUAAGGUAUUGACUGUUAAGAAUGUUUGCAUAGAUUGUUCUGUUAAUGAACAGCAUGAAGGUUAUAGAUACAGUCACUGGUGAGAAAAAGAGGAAGUUUUGAUUAGUCAAAUAUUAGUCAUGCAUUGAGUUAUCUUCAUAGAGCAUAGCGGCUCUUAGUCUAAAAAAAAAAGAGUCUGUGUCACAACAGUCAGCUUUACUCUUUACCAAUAUUCAGAGGAUUCCUCAAGCUUUUUUAUCAGACUUCUCUGGUCUGACCAUCUUUUAAUAGCAAGAUGAACGUAGCUGAGAAAAUCAGCAUUUUUGUCUUUCUCUUACAAGGUGUUCAUUGUAGAGAGUUCAGCAUCAGUCUGCCAGAGAAGAUCGAAGCUCUCAGUGGAUCCUGUGUGAUCAUAAAGUGCAGAUUUGAGAUUCAGGAAAAAUAUGACGAAGAACUCACUGAGAGUGCUGCUACAGGACUGUGGCUCAAAGAUGGGACUAAUUUGAACAACAACGUAGUGUUUAACUCCAAAAACCCUGCACCUAAUCACUUUGAAUGUGAAAUAAUUGGAAAACUACAUGAGAAAAACUGUACCACAAUUUUUUGCAAUAUUAAUUCAAAUCAUAAUGGUAAUUAUUACUUCAGGAUUGAGGGUGAAGGUGGACUGAAAUGGACAUAUACUACAACACUAGUUUCAAUAGGUGUGAUUGAUUCUCCACCGAAACCCACCGUGCAGCUGUAUGUGGAUCAGAAGAAGGUGAAGGAUCAGGAGGAGGUGUUGGAGGUGUUGGAGGUGUUUGAGGGGAGCUCUGUGAGUCUGCGCUGCUCUGCUGAGACUCUCUGCUCCUCUUCUCCACCAACUCUCACAUGGAGCUCCACUCCCAGAAUCCCCCUCAGUGAGAGCAGCAGACGAGAGGAGCUCAUCUCUGAUCUGAACUUCACUGCUACUCACCGUCAGCACAGAGUCACUUUCACCUGCACUAUAACCUACCAGCUACAGGACCAGAACAAAACAGCACAGGACAGCAUCACAGUACAUGUUCAGUAUUCACCUAAAAACACAUCAGUGUCUGUGCUUCCCUCCAGCUCUGUGUUGGAGGGCAGUUCAGUGACUCUGACCUGCAGCAGUGAAGCAAACCCAGCAGUGAACUACACCUGGUCCAGAGAGAGUGAAGGAGAGAUGGAGCAGCUGAAGACUGGAGACACUCUUACCUUCGAUAGGAUCGACCUGAAACACAGAGGCUUGUACUACUGUACAGCUCACAACCAACAUGGCACCCAAAACUCAUCAGUGAUGCUGGACAUUCAGUAUGCUCCUCAGAUCUCCACAUCCUCCAGCUGUACCAGGACUGAUGUAACUGUGUGUUUCUGUGAGGCUGAUGGGAAUCCCUCUCCUGAACUGGAGUGGCAUCUGUCUGGACGUCCUGUCACUAACUCUUCAAACACGUUCAUCAGUGAAGAGCGAUUGAGCAGCACAGGCUUGAGGAGCUCCAUCUCUCUUCACCAGUAUCUCACAAACACAUCCACUCUGCAGUGUGUCAGCAACAACACUCAUGGCAAUGACGAACAACUGUUUCAUCUGGUUUUCAUCACUCAAAACGCUCCAUGCAAAUAUAAAUGGUUUAACAUUAACUCCCUCCUGGUUGGAGUCGCAGCUGGAACUUCAUUUAUGGCAAUCUUAUGGGUCACAACACGGCUGUACAAAUGUAUCUUCAGGACUCAGAGUGGAGAUAAAGCUGGACUGAUUCAGACUGAUGGGGCUGAUUCGGUGGACAUCAGGGGAGAACCUUUUUAUGUUAAUAAAGUUAUGAUGUCAUCAGCUGAAGCCCCCAUACUAAAUCACCCAGAACCCUUACAUUAUUCAACAAUUAACUUUACAAACACCGAUCCAGAGUCAAACAACAUCAGAGGCAUCUCAUCGCUUACUACUGAAUAUGCUGUGGUCCGAUACUUUGGUCAAAACAUAGAAGAUAGCGAGGCAAAGAUCAGAACGUUUCCCUCAAUACCACACGGGGAAGCCAUCUAUCAGGUUCCUCACAAAGCAGCAGCCAAAGCAAAACUAGUGCAGACAUGAACAUAAAGCAAGGUGCAUCAACGAAUGCAUGCAAUAUUUCUACAAACAUGUCAUAUUUAAUUAAUUCAAAUAUGGAUUUAAAGCUUACUAUACUAUGUCAUUUCUGUUAUUGUAUUAGAUAACAAACCAAAAUGUAUUUUUUAAUGAACGCUACUAUUAUUAUUUUGCUAUGUUAUUCAAUCAAUAUUUAAUCUGUGGGGCACUGCAUGUGCAAUAGUUGUUGUUGUUAAUAGGCCUACUGCUUGCUGAAUAGUCAUUAUGAAGUGUUUAUGAAGUUGUCUCAUCAGAAAAACAUCCAUGUUUACAUAAGUGCAUUCAUGUAUGCAACAUAAAAAAUAAUAUAUCACUAUUGAAUCAUAUACCAACCUACUACACCUAUAUGAUGAUGUCAGUGUUACUUUUAGUAAAUGAAGUGAAUUCAGUUGCACCAGUGCUUAAUGCCACACCUGUUUUGCAUUAAAAUAUAUAUUGGUUUUCUUUGCAAAUCAUUUGUCUUGGCAAAUUUACAUGACAUGAGUGAUAAUGCACUAUAUUUGAACUUUGACCUAGCUCUGCAUAUAUGCAGCCUAACCCCUAAUUUAUACUUAACUUAUGAGGACAUAACCCAUGUCCCCAUUUUUCAAAACGCUUAUAAAUCAUAUAGAAUUAGCUUUUUGAGAAUGUAAAAAUGCACAAAGUUUCUUGUGAGGGUUAGGGUUAGGUGUAGGGUUUGUGUAGGGUGAUAGAAUAAGAAUUAAUGAUGAUAAAAACCAUUACGCCUAUGUCCCCACUUUUCACAAAAACAAACGUGUGUGUGUGUGUGUGUUUAAACAAACAACAGGUCUUUGAUAAUUUCAUGAAUUCUUUGUGCAUUUUAGUACAGCUUUAAAAUAGGAUGCAGUUUCAAUAUUAUAAUUUAUUAGGAUUACUAUUAUCAUUUUUAAAAAAUCUUUAUCUGCAACUACCUAUUUUACUUAGACAAUUUUUUCUGCAUUUAUUAUUUUUAAAUGUAUUAAUUUUUUUCCAUCAGUUAUUCAUACAUUUUUGUGUCAUUUUAUUUAUCAACUGUUGUAUUGUUAAUAACAAUGUGUCUUUUCAAAGAUUAUUUUUUAUCAAAUAUUUAGUUAUUUUCUUUCUUUUUUUUAUUAAAGAUGAGUAGUGUGUAUGUAACUUGUAGACAUGUCUCAAGCAGGAAAUAGUUUUGAGAAGCACUACACGCCACAGUGUUGCUUAAGGUGGUG